UGAGCGUUCCGUCAGCGUGUGUUACAAGUAGGUUUUCCCUGCACUACUACAGAGAGAAAUGGCGAGCUGGUGUGUACGAGCAGUGAGACAGAGCUACUCUCUAGUAGCUUCACCUGCACUCAUAAGAGCAUCUCCGAGGUUGUUAUGCACAGCCACGCAGCAGAAGAACGGUCACGGGCCGGAGGAGGAGGCUGAGAAACCGGAGCAGAGCUCAGCAGAGAAAGCUCUACUGGAGGAGAAGACCCAGCUGGAGGAACAGCUCAAAGACAUGACAGAGAAGUACAAGCGGGCUUUGGCAGACACAGAAAACCUCAGGACGAGGAGUCAGAAGAUGAUAGAGGACGCUAAAUUAUACGGGAUCCAGGGGUUCUGUAAAGACCUGCUCGAGGUGGCGGACAUCUUGGAAAAAGCCACAGAGAGCGUCCCGAAGGAGGAGGUGACGAGUCAGAACCCUCACCUGAAGAACCUGUAUGACGGCCUGGUGAUGACGGAGGUCCAGAUCCAGAAGGUGUUCACCAAACACGGCCUGGUCAAACUCAACCCAGACGGCCAGAAGUUCGACCCCUACGAGCACGAGGCGCUUUUCCACGCCCCCGUCGAGGGUAAAGAACCAGGCAGCGUCGCCGUAGUAACCAAAGUGGGCUACAAGCUUCAUGGUCGCACCCUCAGGCCAGCGUUGGUGGGCGUGGCCAAAGCCCCCUAGAAAAUGUAACUGACAAAGUGGGAUUUGUUUUUGUUGCCUGAGCGAUGGAUGAGCUCGGGUACGGCAGACUGGUCAAGGCACCGAUGUCGCACCUUUUCCCACAAUUCCUUUCUCACAUCAGCCCACCUUGAGGUACCUCACAGUGACAGGACCCAAACUGAACUGGACUUUGUACCUGGAUCUCCACUGGUUUUUAAGAGGCACAACAUUUCAGUCAGUCACUUCAGAGACAGAAACAUAAGGUUUAAAAUAAAUACCAGAGGGGAAGUGGGCGGGGCUUCUCAUGCUGGCUACACACUAGUCAUGUUUCUAGGAGAAUAAUUUCACACAUGAUUAAAUGUAGAUUAUAUCUGUAUGAAGUUAACUACUCUAAAGUCAAGAAAACAGCACAAAGAAACUGUCGAAAUCACACACCAAGAUUUGUAAUCAUCUAGUGUGUAGCCAGCCUUACAGAGUUGCUAAAUUACCUAGAAUAGAGGGAGAAGUAAUGCGAAGUUAAAAUCCAUCCACAAAUCAAGUCCUGCUAAUUCUCAUCUGCUGGUAUCAUUCCCAGUUUUUAUCUAAAACCCUAAUAAUCUUAAAUUAAUAAACUCAUGUUUUGUGAGUAAUUAAGGAAACAGGUCCUUAAGAUCUGGAGAGAAGUCUGAAAUGUUACUGUACUGACUUGGCAUUUUUAAAGGCUCUAAGAUUCAAACCAGUAAGGCUCCGGUAAGUUUGCUUCUCUCAGUACAUCAUCACCUUUCAGCUCUGCAGGACUGACAGUGCUGUGAUAAAACGUGAGAAUGUGUAUGGACAUUUGUCCAGUCUCACAGCAUCAGAAUAAAGAGACCAAGUUUGAAAAGUA